AUGAGCACCCAAGACACCCUAAGACCUUCUCGGCGAUUCGCCCUUCUCACAUCUCGUCUCAUUCUUAUACCGACGCCAUUAGCCAUCUCAAUACCAUCUUAUGUCAAUCUGUACGCUGACCUCCACGCCAAUGCCGCUUUCUGCAGCAUGGGGUUCGGCAAUGCUUUCCCUGUUCAGACGCGAACCCAAGAACAGAUGCAGGAAGUGAUUGCCACGCGAGACAUUGCUCGAUCCUGGGACAAGAGAGCGAUUGGCGAUUUCGCAGUAGGCCGACGAUCAAAGUUACAAAUAAAGGAUACAACAGGCCGGAAACUGGUGGAUGCGACCAAUACAGUAGUGGUCAUUGAUGAAAAUGACAUUGACGGUGUCUGUCAGACGCUUGACGAUAUUGAGUGGCUGGGUUACGCGGGUGUCCGUGACGCUACUACAACCUCUCUUCCUCCACGCAAUGCCUCGGAUGCUCCGCUACCGCCAUGGGAAGAGAUGGUUGAACUGCGUUACGGUGUUGCACCAUCCUGCUGGGGCCAAGGCGUAGCUCGCGAAGCUGCGGAAGCAGUCAUGCAAUGGGCAGCCACUGAAAGAGGCGUGAAAAGAUUCAUUGCUGAGACAGAAAAAGAAAAUGCGAGAAGCGGAAGAGUGUUGGAGAAGAUGGGGUUCAAGAAGAGUGGUACUGAGUAUUGGAAGGAUGAGGAUGAGGUAGAGUGGGAGAGGGAUGCCGCGAGUCUUUGGUAG